AUGCUCAGGAAGCUUCUGAAGGAAGGAAUUAAAACUCUUCUGCUAGCCGCCAGCAAAGUUGACCAACUGGCACCGGCGAUUAAGGUCUCGCAAUCGCAAGAAGUAAAGGGACAACUUGAGUGUCUUGAACAAUUGAUGAAAUCUUAUCACGAGCUGACCGUCAAGAUGCAUAAAUCAAACGAGGCGAAAGUCGACAUAGUUGGGAUGAAGAUGGAGCUUCUCUCGGCGCGCUUCACUCAGAUAGAAAAGUACUUCAAGGAAAAAAUUAAAGGCAACGAGAAAUACCUAGUGCAAUGGCUGCAACUUGACGACGAAGUCAAGGAGAUAAGGGAUGAAUUGUCCGCACUAAACGUUUCACAACUAUCGUCUGACAUUAGAGGACUCCACGAACGUUUCGACGAGAUUAUCUCCCCCGAGUCCGCCACGGACACCGCAACAACUAACACCCCGGCGGAACCCAGGCCGGACCUAAACAGAAUUCGAGGUCAGAUGGAUAAAACGGAACGAGAGAUCCAUUGA